AUUGCGACAGCUCGCCAAGACUGCUUGUACCGGCCUUGCUUAUUAAAUUAUGCUGAGAGGGCAAGCAGCGCCAGAUGAUGAUGGCGAUGGAGCGGAGUGGAUCGUGCCCGGCGUGGGAACAAACGCGCAGGACUCAUCGCAAUUGCAGCCGCACGGCAUCUCGCCGUGGCGAACACCCGCCGUGCUGAGGCAGUCGCGCGAGGUGCGCGUCAAGGCGCUCAUGCGCGCUGCACGCGGGCUGGCAGUCUGUGGCGUGGAUGUGAAGGUCAUCUCCUGGGUCGCCACCCACCUCCUGCUGCCCCUCCUGCUCGCCUUCUGCGAUCUUGGCGUGCGCCGUACUUUUACAAUCGCACUGGCGCUGGCGCCAGUGAGUGUAGCCGAUACCAUAUCAGCAUCGGCAUCCGCCGUAGCUGGGCUAGACGGUACCCAGGAUACGACCGCGGCCAACAGCGUCCGCAGUGGCAGUAGCAGGGCCGAGGUACAAGUAGGCUGCGGCGGCGGCGCCUGGACGUGCGCUGAGCGCUGGCAGGUGGCUUGCUUCUUCGCGCUACUGGCUACUUCCUUGGGUCUGUACUACAGCCUGUAUGCUUCGGACCCCGGCUGGAUCACGGCGGCCUCCCCGGCACCCGCCACGGAGCCAGGCGCCCCUGCAUGCCAGCAGUGCGGCGAGGUGCCCAGCGCCCGCUGCCACCACGACAAGCACACCGGCAGCUGCGUGCACAAGCACGACCACCACUGCUGGUUCCUGUCAGCCAGCAUAGGCGACCGCAACCACGCGCGCUUCUACCUCCUGCUGGUAGUGGAGGCGGUGCUGCUGUUGUGGAUGGAGUUCCACGUGGUGCAGCUGUGGGCACGCUGCUACCUCCUGCGGCCGCCCCUGAUGCGCCUGGUGGGUGCCUGGCAGGGCAGGCCGCAGGCGCCGCUGCUGGCGCAGCUGCCAUGCCCGGGCGUGCAGGGGACGCUGGGCCUGGGCAUGGCGUGUGCUCUGGGCAUCUUCGGGGCGGUGUGGCUGGCGCUAGUGGUGUAUCUUCUUCUGCUUCACAGCUAUCUCGCAGCCACCGGCCAGACCACGUUAGAGCUGCUCAAGGGCCACCGGCUGCCCUACCUCAUGCGGUCCUACGCCGCCCUGCAGCCGCACCAGCUGGUAGCGGGGCGGCCGCCCAGCAUGCUGGACGGGGCGGGCAAGGGCGUGUCGCUGCUGGCCAUUGCGCGGCAGCACCUGCGCGGCACCCCGCCGCCGCGGCCCUUCGACGAGGGCCUGAUGCGCAACCUGUACGUCUUCUUCCUGGCGCCCAAGCCCUACCCAUACAGGCAAAAGCGGGAGGCUGCCGCAGGCGACGUGGAAAUGCACUAGCAAAGGGCAGGCGGAGAGAUGGCGGGGAAGCUAUAGUGCGUGUGAGUGGGGAUGGCCACAUUACAGAGGUGUUAUAGUUGCAUGUGCAUUGCGAUCUGGGACACCAGGGGUUUGCGUUCCAAGGGCCAGCCGCACACGAAGGGCCACCACCCACCGCCGAGCCGAGCCCCCGAAGCUACCCACUCAUCAAGUGCUACCAUUUAUUCUGUAGCGCUGCAUACUCAUGUUGUGUAUUUACAAUAGCGGGCGAACGUCGCGUUGUAACAACGUGACCAAUAUCGGUACCCGGCAACUGGCGAGCAGACGAGCUUUGCAAGGUGUAAUAGAUUAUUAUG